CAUAUUGAUCGUUUUGGUCUGGACCAGCCAAGCCCGGCCCUGAAUAGAAACAAGAGAAUCAUAGGCUUAGAGUCUUGGAAAAACUUUUAUUUAGUUAUGGAUCAAAUUAAGAAAAUUUACUUUAGUAGGUAGCUCUCCUGGUAAUUAUGGUCUGGAAAUUGGUUAGGCUCCCAUUACAUUCUUCAUAGAACUCCUUAAGGAACUCUUCCAUGAACUCGUGCAUUUUCUAUACCCUCCUUCUACCCGCCGGAUAUAUAUAUAUAUAUUUGAACUACCCCAAUUUCUGGAAGAGAUUCCAUAAGUGCGCUAGACCUGAUCAUUCGUCUUGAGACCUGGAAGCAAAUCCAAGGUAGGUGAUAAUCAUCAUCUUCCUAGACAAUUUGAAUGGUAAAACUGAUCGUAAAAAUAUCUUAAGAAACUAAAUUUGUAUCUAGCUGAGUAAGAAAGCCAAAAUUAAUACCUAUCUACUAAACCCCAUAUAUUGUGGAAGCACAAUACUAUUGGUUAAAGUUUAAAAGAUUCUACAUCUAGGUCUAGGUAUGGGAUUCGAAUACCAGGAUAUACAAUUUUUUGCAGAUUACGUUUUAUAAGAGGUUCAUGUUUUAAUUCCCGGAGAAAACAAUUUAUUAAACAAUUAUGUAGACUACAUAAUAAAGAAUUACAAGGGAUCUUCAACAUGGUGCAAGUAAAUCCGGUCAGACGUAAGUUUUCGUAGGAUGGCUUAGGUGAUGCAGUUAGACAUAGAUCCUCAUAAGACAGAUAGUAUUGUCGGUCGUCGAAUCGUCUAUAUAAUAUUUUUCAUAAUUAUAAUAUCAUAAUAAAUCAGCGUUAAAAAAACUUCAUAUAUUUUGCCAGAAAUCAGAAUUGUAUUCAAAUAUAGAUCAAUUGAUCAUUAAUAUAGAUUGAAAGUUUAGAUCGUCACUUUGGAUUUGUUUCCAGGUUUGUUGAAAUCAAUUAAUUCAUUAGGAUGAUUAAAGGAAAUCAAUUCAUUAGAAGGAUAGAAUCAAUCAUUUCGUGAAUAAAUGAUCAAGCUGUCAUUUUACCGUGAUACUUGGGACAAUUAAAUGUUAAGUUUAGUCCAAAAAAAUGAUUAAAAUGUUAAUGUAAUGCAACUAUAAGGUGUCAUAUGUUUUCUUUUGUUAUGGCGUCAUGGCAUCAUGUACUUAUACAAUACGAUAAUUAUGCGUGUUAUGUGAUCGUAAAACGCGAUUCGCUUAUAUUUUGGUCAGCCAUAUCUUACGAUAUAAAUAUUCUAUGCAUCACAAUUAAUUAUCCAACGACGACUAAAAUGGAAACAAUAUCUUAAACAGUACAUAUAUUUCUAUAAAUUUGCAACACAUGACACAUAUGGUAGCUAAAGGGUACGUUUGAUAUGGAAUCGUUCCAAAAGUUGUUAAUUAUUUGAAAGUGCAUUUAAUAUCAAAAUUAAUUACCAUAAAUGGAUAAAUUCUCUUUAUUAUUAAAUAUUAACCCAUGAACAACUAUAAAUACCUUUUUAAGACAAGCCCUAACGAUAUUUUCCAUCCCUCUAUCUUGUCUUGUCAUGGAAGAAGUAAGACAAACUUUACCGACUACUUUCUUGAAACCUAAUGAACAAUUUCAAAACCCUAACGUGUUGGUUACUCAAACCAAAAAGGAGUUGACAAAACCACGAAACCCUAAAACAAGCCGAGGUCGACAGAAGAUAGAGAUCAAAGAGAUCAAAGAAGAUAGCAAGAGACAUGUAACGUUUUCGAAACGACGCCGUGGGCUGUUCAAGAAAGCCGCUGAGUUGAGCGUUUUGACCGGUGCAAAAAUCGCUGUGGUAACGUUCUCUAAAUGCGGUAGGAUCUACAGUUUUGGGCACGUGGACUCGUUGAUGGACAAGUAUCUUCGCAAGAUUCCGGUGAACUUGGAGGUAUAUUCAGGUGAUGACUCAGCGGAGGAGGGAGGGAGGCCGUGGUGGGAGAGGCCGGUGGAGAGUGUGCCGGAGGAGGAGUUGGAAGAGUACAUUAUGGCGAUGAGUGUGUUGAGAGACAAGUUAGGUAAGAAGAUUAAUGACAUGGGGAGUAUUGUUCCUGCAUGGCCAAUCAACAUGAUGGGUUGGAAACCACAGAUGGAUAUGCAAAGCAUGGGGGAUGUGACUGAUGGGGUUAAUCGAUGCCGUCUAGGUCAAAACGGAUGAUUGAUAUUUAGUAGCCUCGUGGAGUAUUCAUUUAAGUAUUUGAUUUUUAGAUUUGUUGAGUUUAGUAGUUAUAUGAAUUCAUUUCAUUCAGAUUAAUCCUUUUUUUUCUUGUAUUUUUGUUACUUUGAAAGUUAAAUCCAUAUUUAUGUUUUUGUUUAAAUUAUGUUAAGAUUUGCAUCAUAAACUGACUCCAAAGUAUAUAAAGAGCUAAGGGCUUGAUGUAAAUAUCCUUAGCUCAAGCGACAACAUUCUUCUCUUUUAGUUGCGACAGCUUGCAAGUGAACUUCAUGGCUGGAUCUAUAUCCUAUAACAUCCAAGCUUUUAAAAGAUGGAAUCCUAGUCCUCCAAGAUCAUGACCAAUAUUGGAGUAGAAUUCAUAAUAAAGAUGUUAAGCCAAUAGUUCGAGAAAUGAGUCAGUAACAGAUCUCCACAACUUAUCAUCUAUUGGUAUACCAUAGGAUAAAAAAGUUCGCAAAUUCCGCACUGAAUUUCUCACGCGAUGUGUUUCACAAAAGAGAUCAUGAGGAACUU